CUGCGCGCCCUCGCGCUCUCCGCCGCCUGCCGAGGCGCUGGCAGGGCGCAGGCGGCGGCGGGCGGCAUGGAGAGCCUGCUGGAGAAUCCGGUGCGCGCUGUGCUCUACCUCAAGGAGCUCACGGCCAUCGUGCAGAACCAGCAGAGUCUCAUCCACACCCAGCGCCAGCGCAUCGACGAGCUGGAGCGGCGUCUGGACGAGCUAAGCGCCGAGAACCGCAGCCUGUGGGAGCACCAGCAGCUGCUGCAAGCGCAGCCUCCGCCUGGGCUCGUCCCCCCAUCGUCGGCCCCGUUGCCGGCUCCCCCGGCCACCGCUCCCGCCGCGGCCCAGGAACCGCUCCAGAACCACGGACAGCUCCAAUCCGCCACACCACAGUCCGCGCCCGAGCAGCCACAGCUUCAGCACCACGGACAGCUUCUGGUGCAGCCUCAGGCGGGCCCCAGCAGUAGGGCUCACUCACCCCAAUCACCCCACCAGCACCCGGUGACACUUGGGGCCGUCGCUGACAAGGAGAAGGAGCGUCCCCCGAGUUGUUGCGCUGCCGCCGGAGCCCUCCUUCAGCACAAAUCCCCCGCCGCCCUCGGCAAGGGCGUCCUGAGCAGGAGACCCGAGAAUGAAACCGUGCUGCAUCAAUUCUGCUGCCCAGCCGCUGACGCCGAGCAGAAGCCCUCCUGCUCUGACCUGGCCUCCCAAAGCGAUGGCUCCUGCGCCCAGGCUGGUGGGGGCAUGGAGGACUCCGUGGUGGCAGCGGCGGCGGUGGCAGCCGGCAGACCCAGUGCCCAUGCCCCGAAGGCUCAAGCCCAGGAGCUGCAGGAGGAGGAGGAGCGGCCGGGGGCGGGGGGUGCCUCCCAGAGGGCCGGCCCCCACCGCGUGGCCUCCCCCGGCCAGCAGCAGCCUGCCCUGACAGCGCUCUGUUCCCACGCCCCUGCCGCCUCGGAUUACGAACUCUCCCUUGACCUAAAGAAUAAACAGAUUGAAAUGCUAGAACACAAGUACGGGGGCCAUCUGGUGUCCCGGAGAGCUGCUUGCACCAUCCAAACCGCCUUCCGCCAGUACCAGCUCAGCAAGAACUUCGAAAAGAUCCGCAACUCGCUCCUGGAGAGCCGCCUUCCGCGGCGGAUCUCCCUGCGCAAGGUGCGGGCGCCCACAGCCGAGAGCCUGGUGGCUGAGAAGGCCCUUAUGGAGGGCUACGGCCUCAUGGGGCUGCCGCUAGUGCGCUCACCCUCCUUGCCGCCCACCUUCGCCGGCACGCUCACAGAGUUGGAGGACUCCUUCACUGAGCAGGUGCAGUCUCUGGCCAAGUCCAUCGACGACGCCCUUAACACCUGGAGCCUCAAGACCAUGUGCUCCCUGCAGGAGAGCGGCGCUUACCAGAUCCACCAAGCCCUGCACGCAGGCACCGGGCAGCCCUGUCUGGAGACUGAGAUGCGGGAGCCUGAAAGUGCAGGCGCAGGGCCUGGAGAUGAGGCCAGCGAGGCCACCACCGGCCUGCCCCAGAGCCACAGCGGCACCCUCAUGAUGGCUUUCCGGGACGUCACUGUGCAGAUCGCCAGCCAGAACAUCUCGGUCUCCUCCUCCACCGCUCUGUCUGUGGCCAACUGCCUGGGCGCCCAGUCUGCCCAGGCCAUAGCAGAACCCGCGGCCUGCAAAGCCGAACAGGGUGAGGCCCCUGGGCAGGAGGCCCCGGAGGCCCCCGCUGUGGGUCAGGGGGACGCCUUCUCCCAGGACACGUGCCCAGAAGUGGCAGUCAGUGGAGCCCCCCGGUCAGUGGCUGCGGAGUCGGUGGUGGAGGAGGCUGUGGCCACAGAGGUGGAGGAGGAAGAAGAGGAGACUGGGGAGGCAGGGAAAGGAACAGAGGCCGAGGCGGGUGACAACUCGGAGCAGCUGAGCAGUAGCAGCACAUCCACCAAGUCUGCCAAGUCAGGUUCGGAAGUAUCGGCUUCCGCCUCCAAGGAGGCCCUGCAGGCCAUGAUCCUGAGCCUGCCCCGCUACCACUGCGAGAACCCUGCUAGCUGCAAGUCACCCACGCUGUCCACCGACACGCUGCGCAAGCGCCUCUACCGCAUUGGCCUCAACCUCUUCAACAUAAACCCUGACAAGGGCAUCCAGUUCCUGAUCUCGCGCGGUUUCAUCCCGGACACCCCCAUCGGUGUGGCCCAUUUUCUGCUCCAGCGUAAGGGCCUCAGCCGCCAGAUGAUCGGCGAGUUCCUGGGCAACAGCAAGAAGCAGUUCAACCGCGACGUACUAGACUGCGUGGUGGAUGAGAUGGACUUCUCCAGCAUGGAGCUGGAUGAGGCCCUGCGGAAGUUCCAGGCUCACAUCCGUGUGCAGGGGGAGGCCCAGAAGGUGGAGCGGCUCAUAGAGGCCUUCAGCCAGCGCUACUGCAUGUGCAACCCUGAGGUGGUGCAGCAGUUCCACAACCCUGAUACCAUCUUCAUCCUGGCCUUCGCCAUCAUCCUCCUCAACACCGACAUGUACAGCCCCAACAUUAAGCCUGACCGGAAGAUGAUGCUGGAGGACUUUAUCCGGAACCUGCGAGGUGUGGAUGAUGGUGCUGACAUCCCCAGGGAGCUGGUAGUAGGCAUCUAUGAGAGGAUUCAGCAGAAGGAGCUCAAGUCCAAUGAGGAUCAUGUCACGUAUGUCACCAAGGUGGAGAAGUCCAUUGUGGGCAUGAAGACAGUGCUGUCGGUGCCGCACCGCCGGCUCGUCUGCUGCAGCCGGCUCUUCGAGGUGACCGACGUGAACAAGCUGCAGAAGCAGGCGGCGCAUCAGAGAGAGGUGUUCCUCUUCAACGACCUGCUGGUGAUUCUCAAACUGUGCCCCAAAAAGAAGAGCUCCUCCACAUACACCUUCUGCAAGUCAGUCGGCCUGCUGGGCAUGCAGUUCCACCUCUUUGAGAAUGAGUAUUACUCUCAUGGCAUCACACUUGUGACCCCCGUCUCGGGCUCUGAGAAGAAGCAGAUGCUGCACUUCUGUGCCCUGGGCUCUGAUGAGAUGCAGAAGUUCGUGGAGGACCUGAAGGAGUCCAUCGCUGAGGUGACAGAACUGGAGCAGAUCCGGAUAGAGUGGGAGCUGGAAAAGCAGCAGGGAACAAAGACGCUCUCCUUCAAGCCUGGGGGAGCCCAGGUGGACUCACAGUCGAAGCAAGGAUCGCCUACAGCCAAAAGGGAAGCCGCGCUGGGGGAGAAGCCGGUGGAGAGCUCAGGGGAGGUGUCAAUUCACAACAGGCUUCAAACGUCCCAGCACAACCCCGGGCUGGGGGCCGAGAGGGGAGCACCGCAGCUGCCAGACCUGCAGCCUAGCCCCUUGAGAGAGCAGCCCCCACCGCUGCCACCGCCACCCACGCCCCCAGGCACCCUGGUGCAGUGCCAGCAAAUUGUCAAGGUCAUUGUCCUGGACAAGCCCUGCUUGGCCCGCAUGGAGCCCCUGCUGAGCCAGGCUCUCUCCUGCUACGCCUCAUCCUCUUCUGAUUCCUGUGGCUCCACACCUCUGGGCGGCCCAGGCUCCCCGGUCAAGGUCAUCCACCAGCCUCCACUGCCCCCGCCCCCACCCCCCUACAACCACCCACACCAGUUCUGCCCACCGGGCUCCCUGCUGCAUCGGCGCCGCUAUUCCAGCGGCUCAAGGAGCCUGGUGUAGACUCUGUCCCCCAGCACCCUACUGUCCUAGGAGAGCUGUCCACUGGGGGGGACUUGGGCUGUCCUUCGCUGCUCCCCACACCCUGGCACGAUGUGUUCCUGGUCACUGAUCACUGUCAUUUUGGAAAGAACCCCAAUCCCUGGAACAUGGGUUUGCUUGGUCCAAACAUCCUCCCCUUACUCAGCUGAGCACCCCUUCCCCCAAGAGGGGGAGACAUGGCCAGAUGAGGUGACACCUCCUCUUCCUAUGGCUACCACUCUCCCCAGUUGGACCGUGAAUUAAAGAAAAAUAGAGAUGAGGGACUAACAGGUGGCCGGCUCUAAGUCUAUUAGUGUCCAGUGGCGAGCAGCAGAGCCCUGGAUGGAAAGCAGCUGCCUCACAGCCCCAGGACCAGAUGCAUCUGUGGCUGAGUGGAGGAGAGUAGACCCUGGUCCCUGGAGGUACCAAUGAGUGGGAGAUGUGAGAAGGGGGACUUUCUCUGCUGCCCCUGUCCCCCAGGCCUGGCAGUCUCAGAGAGCUUCUCCAUAGUUCCCCCAAAGACAUUGGCUGUUCUGACCAUGUCUUUCCCCUCUUCCUCUUCCUGGGGCUUUUCCUGAGCUGGCCUGAUUCCAGGAGGGCUCAAGAAAGGGAAAGGGGAGCACUCCGCUGUCUCUGGGCCAGAUGAACAGGGCCAUGGAAUUGCUGGAUCAUAUAUCUGCCAAAUGCACUUUUUAAAAGCAUUUCUUAAUCUCCUGGCCCGUAAAUAAUACCCAGUCAAUGCCAAGAGCACACAGGCCCUUGCACAUAAAUACACAUGAGAACCAAUGUGGAAGCAGAAACAAGGGAUGAGGCAAUGAUUUGCCCAGAAGAGGUGCCACUUGGCCCCGAGGCAGGGCUCCUUUUUCCAUGACUCUGUGGCCUCCAGGAGAGGCUUGGGUGCGGAGGCAGGCAGGAGAAGUGGGGCUCCAAAGGCUGCAUCUCCCCUGCUACCCCCAGCCUUUAAAUAGUCCCCCUUCUGGAAGGUAUGGACCCACUUCCAGUAGGGAUGGCUAAGAAUCCUGGACUCUCAAAAUUGCAAAAGACUAUAAUCCUGGUAACCCAGGAGGCUGAGGCAAGAGGAUGCAAGUUCAAGGCCAGCCUGGGCAACUUAGUGAAUUUUCUCAAAAUUUAAAAAAUGGGGUUGUAGCUCAGUGGUAGAGCAGGGUUCAAUACCUAGUACCAAAAAAAAAAAAAAAGAAGAAGAAGAAGAAGAAGAGGAGGAAGAAGAAGAAAUUGCAAAGGAGCCAAGCAGGGCUCCCUGACUUCCCAGGGCAGAGCAGAAUCAGAGCCAACUUCAGGUGGCCACACGGAGCCCAGGGAAGUGUCCUCUCCCCAGUCAGAUGAAAGGCAGCCCAUCCUCAAAGUCCACAGGGGCAGUGCUAUUCUCCCCAAUCAUGACCCUUCCAGGAAGUGUCUAUCUCAAGCCAGGCCAGUCUCUAGUCCUGUGCCAACCAUUGUCGCUCCUUCAUUAAGAUUCUCCCACCCCGUCUCCUACUCAGAGCCUGUUUUUAAAGCACCCAGAAAGACACAGUGAAUAUUGCCCAAGUCUAAAUUGAAUUGGCUUCUCCCAGUCCCUACUGCACACCCCAACCUGCAGUACUCUGGGCCAGGUAGGAGGCACAGAUAAUUCCUGGCUCUCGGAGAGGCCAGAUGACCUAGUUUCUUAUGUACAUGUGUGGUCACCCAGACGUCAUUAUGAUGUCACCCAGUGAGUUUAUUUCUGUCUUUGUCGGCCCAAUUUCCAUAACUCAUAACUUGCAGCCAAUUUGCUGGCUCCCCUGGGGCUCCCAGCCCAUCUGUUCCUCCCUGUCCUGGCUGCCUUGGCCCCCCUGCAGGGUCUUUUCUGUAACAGGAAUGUUCCAGUCAAAGCCUUUGGAAUGGAGCAGCUCACAGAUGGACAGAUGGGGUGCACAGGUCAGACACCUCAUUGCCCUUGGCUAAGAGGUGUCAGGGCCUUGGGAGGAAGUAGAGUUGCAGUAUGGAAAUGGAUAAAUCUCAAAUGAAGGUGAAAAUUAUGAAUGGGAGGCAGGGUAUGAGCUAUGAAAGAAUGAGCUAUGAGCGCAGCUAAAUAUAUUUGUGGGGUGGGAACCGUGGAUGCCAAGGGCUGCCGAGGAAGGGGCACAGCCCAGACAACUUGGUCCCCAUCAUCAGGACCAAGGUCUCCUGCUCACAUCAUGCUUCAAGCUGAAAGAGUGCCCUCCCUUCCUGUUGAUGGGCACAGUAACACUGCCCCCCCAAAGGCCUGACUUUCCACGGCAGGGGUCUUAGGGUUGGCACAUGUAUGUACUCUUUCUGCAAAGGAAGCAGAUCAGCGUGGGGUCAUGGGCACCCAGCAGUUCUGAGCAGGGAGGGACUCUGACCCCCUGAUCACCUAGGGCAGGAGACAGCUGGGCCUCCUCACCGUCAGGGGAAGUCAGAAUUCCCAACAUCUGUAACUUCCCUACCCACUUAGCCAGCAGGCUAAGUUUGGGACCUGUCUCUGUCCUUUUCCACAGAGACCUAGGAGAAGCCUCCUGUCCCUCCCCAUGAUAGUGGUUCAGUCCUCCCAGAGGGCCUGGCAGAGAUGCCCUUGGCCCUCCUGCUCUCCCAAGAGGGCAGUGGAGUGCUGACUGAGCCGCCAGACCCAAUCACACCAAGAUGGCCCCACUUCAUCAACUCUCUAGGCCUUACUUUAAGGGACUUGGUCCCCUCUCCCAAUUUAUCCACCUGGCCCCAACUCCAGAAUUGAGAGUGGGGGAUGAAACUAGCUUUCCCACCAGCUUUUGGCCAAGUCCCACCUUCAGGCCUGAAACAGGCCCGGCCCCAGCAGCUUGUCCCAGAAGCCUGCUUGUCUGUCUGUUUGUUCACAAGUUUCACAAAGAUGUCUUGCUCCCACACACACUUUUCGGCCCUGGGCCUUUGAUCCCUCACCCACUUGUCCCCCAGAGCCUGCCAGGAUGUCUCUUGUGCCCAGUAGGCCUCUUGACAACCAUCCAUCUGUCUGUCCCUGUGUUCAGCUGUAUGUCCCUUCUCGCUGUGCCCCUCCUCCCCGCAUACACCGUUCACCCCACUGGAGAGACACCUUUCUAGGAAAAGUCAGGGUGGCUGCACCCAGCAACUAAUCCAAAUGGCAAAUAUUUUGUAACAAAAUAGCCCAGAGGUAUUUUAUCUGUUCAAUUCAUAGAGUUUUAGAGAUUAUAUUGAAAUAUGUCACUUGA